GUUCCCGCACAGUUUAAAUUGUAUCUUGUGAAUCAACACGAAAACAGGACUGUGUAAUUCAAUCUUUUUGUGCACGGAACAGGCUAAGUUACUAACAUUCUGUGAUCUAAAAAGGAAUAUCCAAGAGCCCCUUAGCGGACUGGGUCCGAUGUAUUUUAGGUGGAUGAAUUCAGACAUUGAGUCGUGAUAUUUGUGUUGUGAACAUGUUUUGUUUUUACUCAGAAAAGGCCAGGGACGAUCCGAUUUUUACUGUUGUGAAUUCGGCAGAAAAGAUUUAUUAAAAUGAUAUGUACAUUAGAAGCUUGGAAGUAUAUUUAUUCAUUGAUUGCUGUGCUAAAUUUAGGAGUUUUCAGUAGCCCAACCUACCAUUAUACAGACACUCCAAGAUUCCUGGAUACAGGUCAAGGUUACAACGUCACGGUGCAUCGAGAUCAAAAUGCCGAGUUAGCGUGUAAAGUAGAAAACAUUGGACCCAAACAGGUGGCUUGGGUGAAAAAACCAAAUCCAUUUCCCCUUGCUAUAGACACUGAAAUAUUUGAUCCAGAGAAGAAGAAUAUCAGAGUACAAUACGAAAAACAUUCCAGAUCGUCCCAAUCCUGGAACCUAGUCAUCGAGCAUGCGCAACCGUCCGAUUCCGGUGUGUACGAAUGUCAGGUGACAUCAAAGAUACCACUAAGUUUUGAUGUUCACCUGCAUGUGCUAGAUUCUCCACUCUUCCUUGAACACUCGAUAGAAAUGGUUGGCGUGAAGGACAAUAAAAUCGUUAAUUUAUACGACCCCUUAACCUUGACAUGCAACUCUACUGGGUCACGUGGUCCCCCAGACGCAAUCGAUUGGUUUUUUGAAGGAAACCUUGUGACCAACCGGGACGCUCAUUGGAAGGGGAGAAUCGUCGUAACAAAGCUUAUUCGGGAGGAGCAUCCGUAUUCAUUGUUGAGUUCCCUGGUUAUAAAUAGAACGGAGAUGAGAGAUCAAGGACGAUACAUUUGCAGAAGUACCACCUACACUGACAAAGUAAUGCCUACAAUCAGUGCAGAGGUCAUGAUUCUAAACACAAAGAAAAAUCAGAAGAGGAGAGAUGAUGAGAGCAAAAAAGUGCAGGCUUUAGCGAAAAACACCGGAAGUGAGGUUCAAAUGGACAUUCUUAAUUUUUUCAUAUUAGCUGUGAUAGCUGGUUUAAUGCAAAUGGAAAACGGCUAGAAUUAUUUGAUACCCCGAAAAAUAAUUCAUCAAUUCUAGUCACGUGAGACUCUACCGGAAGCUGGAGAAUGCUGCGUAAUGAACAAGUCGCGCGGAUUACUCGACGUUAUCGAACAUUAUUCAUGGUGAAUUUUGUUAUUAUCGACAAAAUUUUAUCAUUGGCCAGUAGAUUUAUGUAAAGUGUGUGUGGUUUUUAUUACACUUAAAUCUGGCGUUUUUGCCAAGUGAUUAUUAGAGAUGGCGACAGUAGCGAUCGGUUUGUCUGGAACGACAAUUGUUUUCCUACAGAUGUCGCAAAGAGCGAUAAAAAAUAAUCAAACAUGAAAGCAGGAUGUGCUGUGUAAUGAAUAGGACUCCCAAUGGCAAAAUAUUAACCGGCCAAUUACACAGUCAUUCUACUGAAAUUCAAAAAGAAGCUACUUAGACAGAAAUCUAGGAAUUGUGAAGAUUUACAGUGCAUUUAUCAUCAGAUAAUAGUAAUCUGCAUCAUAUAUCAUAAGGAAUACAAGCAUAAUUAUUGUGUGAAAGUUGUACCAGUGUUUACCAGCGUGUAUUCUGUUAUCUGUUGUAAAGAUUAUUUUUUCCUGCCCGAAGUUUGUACAAUAAGAUCAUUUUGUUAUAUUUAAAUUAUAUUUGUUAUGUCUCUUUAUUUUUACUGUAUCUAAAAUAUAUAAUAAAUAAAAAUUUUCUUCAA